AUGAGUUUCUUACAAGAAGAAUUAGAUCAAUGUGUUCAAUGGGUUAAUCUUCAUCUUGACAACGAAGAAUCAAUACAAAAAGUUGAACAACUCCAAGAUGGAACUAAAUUAAUAGAAAUUGUUGAAAAAUUAUCAGGAAAAAAAGCACCACGAUAUUUUCCUAAUGGACAAACAGUAUUUCAAAUACAAGAAAACCUUAACAUACUUUUAGGUCUUGUUAAAAGUUGUUAUGGAAAUGAUGUUAUGUUUGACGUGACUGAAUUAUCACGAGGGAAUAUUCAACAAUUCUUAAGUUUAGUAUUUUUUAUUGCAAAGAAGUCAAACACAAGAAUAGAAAAGAAAAGAAAAUUUAUUUCAAACAAGACGAGUAUUAGCUCAGUGUUUGAAUCUAAAUUUCAAAAAGGUCUUGAACCUAACACCAACACUCAUAAUAAUUCUGACAAACCUCUUCAAGAAUUAAUUCCUUCUCAAAAUGAAAUAAAACCAACUUCUUCUGAUAACUUAGAUAACCAAAUAACUCUAAAUGAAUUACCUUUAAAUGAAAUACAAAUUGACAUCAUUGUCUCACAAAUGUUUUGUACUUUAAAUAAAAAUGAAUUAAUUACAAAAGAUUUAAGAGAAAAAAGAAUAAAUAAACUUGAAAAAGAGAAAUUAUCGAAAAUUUGUGAAGAAGUGGAAAUUCAAGAUGUUCUAGAAUUUAAGAAAUUAAAUAUUUCAUUAGACUAUGAAAAAGGUAUCAAUAUGACGGAACAUAAUCAAAUUAAUACCCCUCAAAUUGAAAACCAAAUAGAUGAUUACGAUAAAGAUGUCCAUAAAGAUAAUCCUCUUGUUGAGAAAGAGGUUUUAAAUGAUUCAACAGCUCAAACAAAUACCUUAACACUUGAAGAAAAAUUAAAUAAGGAUAAUAAACAAGAAAUAAAUGUCAUACCUUUCUCUCAACCACUUACAGAAACUACAACAAUAGACACUUCAUAUAAAACUGAAGCUAUUCAAGAAGAUAGUACAAAAGAAAGUAAUAAAUUUACUCCUACAGAAAGUCUUACUUCAUCAUCAGAAGAUAUAACAUCACAACCAGAAGAUAUUAAUGAUAAUGAUCUAAUCACCUAUCAAGAAAAAGAAAACCAACAAGAAGGUCAACAAAAACUAGAACCUAUUCCCCUAGAAUGUUUGGAACCAAAUCAACAAGAAAUAAAAAAUGAGAAAAUAAAUGAAGAACUUGAUCCUAGUCAAAACCACUAUGAACUAACUCAAAAAGAAAUAGAAAAAGAAAAAGAAGAGUCAGCACAAACUCAAGUAGAAAUAGAAACUGAUAAACCAAAAGAAGAAGAACCAGAGAAAGAAGAAAAAGAAGAUGGAUUGAUUGAAGAAGAAAGAAAACAACUAACUCAACAAGAGCAAGAAGAAUCAACCAAAGAAGAAUUAGAACAAACUCAAGUAGAACUAGAAAAUGAAAAGCAAAAAGAAGAUAGAAUAACUCAAGAAGAAGAACCAAUCCAACAAGAAAUAGAAAAUGAAAGACUAAAAGAAGAAAAUACAAUAACACAAAAAGACCCUGGAGUAAUUCAAGAAAAGACAAAACCAAAUCAAGAAAAUACAGAAAUAGAAAAUACAAAACCAACAGAAGAAAUAGAACUAACUCAACAAGAAGAAAGCCAAGAAUCAAAAACAACUGAAGAACCAAUACCAAUUCAAACAGAAAUAGAAAAUGAGAAAGCAAAAGAAAAAACAGAAGAAAAGCGAUGGAACGAAAAAGAAUAUGAUAUAAAUGCAGUAAAAGAGAUUCAACGAAGAAUUAGUGGACAUUUAAGUAGAAUAUCAAGUUAUUCAACAAUGAGAUUAUUAACUCAAAGAAAGAAUAUUGUUAAGGAAUUAAUUAGUACAGAAGAAAUUUAUAUUAACCGAUUACGACAAUUUCUGGACUACUAUUUAAAAGCAGCUAUAGAAUUAUUACCAAAUGACAAGUUAUUAAAAAAAUGUAAAGAAGAUAUAAUAGUUAUAUUAGGAUAUAACAAUAUGAUUUAUACUAACUUAACUGAUCUUCAAAAGAAAGGAUAUUACUAUGGACAAGGUAUUGGAAGUGUAUUUCAGAAAUUAGCACAUUUUCUUAAAACAUAUUGUAGUUAUGUUAAUAGUACAGAUGCUAUAACUGAACAUGAAAAUAAAUUAAGAAAAUCAAAUAAACAAUUUGAAAGUAUGAUUAAUAACAUUAGAAAAACUCAUAAAAUGGAAUCAUUUAAUUCUUAUGUUAUUCUUCCUAUUCAACGUAUUCCUAGAUAUAGACUAUUAUUAAAAGAACUUAUGAAAACAGUUCCACAACAACACAAUGAAUAUAAAGAAUUAUAUGAUUCAUUACAAAGAAUAACAGAAGUUGGAAUUAUAGUAAAUGAAAAUAAAAGAAAAAUGGAAAAUCAACACAUUACUGUUCAACUUUUAAGUAAAUUUAAAUAUCCACAAGGUACUAACCCAAUUGAAUUAAAAGGAUCUACAACAUUUGUAAAAUUUGGAGUAUUAACAUUAUAUGAUCCUGAAACAAAACCUAAAAAUCGAAAUGUCAAUGUCUUUUUGUUUAAUGAUAACUUGGUUAUUGCAAAAAUAUUAACAACUGGUACUUUGCAUAAAGGAGAAUUAAUUCCUGAAACAUUAGAACCUAUUCUUGAAUCUAAAAAACAAUUAAAUGUAGAAUUAGUUAUUCCUUUUGAACGAUUUACUGUUGUUGAUUGGGUUGAUAUUGAAGGGUCACCAGCUUUUGGUCUUAUCACUGAUUCUGGAGAAACAUUAAGAUUUUCUUGUUCAAAUAAAGAAACAAAAAUGAACUGGUGUACUGAAUUAGAUACUCAAAUUUCACAAACUCAAGAACAAACAUUAGUUGCAAUUACUCGUUCAAACCCUGAAUUAAUUUCUCAAUAUAAACAAAGCAUUUCAAUAAACGAUAAAGAGCAUUUAAAGAAAAUUGUAUGGCAAGGAGAUGUCGGAGACAAUGACCAAUAUUUAAUAUUAACUGGAAAUUAUUUAGUAUUAUUUAAUACUGUUAUGGACGCUUAUAAAAAAACUUCUCCUAUUUCACUUUAUUUAACUCAAUGUCUUUCCGUUAUAUUUGAACCCCCAACGUCAUUUUCUAUAAUUAAUUAUUGUGAUGAUAAUAAAGUAAAAACUACAUUUAAAACUACGUCAACAGCAGCAGCAUUAUUAUGGGUAUUUUAUAUCCGACAAUCAUUUAUCAAACAACAUGGAUUUGAUAAAACCAAACCUGAAAUAUUUAAAGAGGAAGAGGUUACUUUCCAAUUAAAUUCACGUGAUAUUAUAUAUGGAUUAAUACAAAAUAAAUAUAAUAAAAAAUGUGCAGAUUGUAGAACUACACCAAUACAUUAUGUUGAUAUGGAUUUUGGAUGUUUCUUGUGUUUAAAAUGUGGAAUGGUACAUAAAAACUUUUCAAAGAAAUUAGGUAUUUGUAAAAUAGAAGAUAUACAAAAACACUCAAUAAAAGAUAUACAAAAUCUCAUUUCAUUAGGAAAUGCCUUUGGAAAUAUUGAAAGGAUUGAAUCAUGUGAAGAUACUUCAGAAGAAAAGACAAACCUUGGAGAUAAAAAUCAAUAUCUUUUAAAAAAAUAUGGUAUAGAAGGAUAUGUCCAUAAAGGUCUUGUAGCUGAUUCACAAAGAAAGUCUCAUGUAUUAAAAUUAGAUGAAACAUCCGAGAAAGAAGAAAUUGAUUCAGAUAGUCAGAAAUCUUCUGUAACUAAUUUAGAACAAACAGACUCACCUGAUAAUGAUAGGAAAAGCAAAAAAAAGAAAUCAGGUGAAAAGAAAGAAAAGAAAGCAAAUAUUUCGGAUAAAAAGCGAAAACGAUCAAUUUUCUAA